AUGGGAAUAAAAGUGUACAAUAUCGAUCUCUCUCUGAUUUCUCCAAAGCUGGCUCAUAAAACUCUAAAAAAUAAGGAUAUCUCCAAAAGUUAUGAUUGGGGUGAUUUAAUCAAAUUACUUAAAUUUUUUGUAAAAGAUGAAGAUUACUCUCAACUAGAAGACAUUGACAUACUUCCUUUGGCAAAUAAAGAGUUUGCGAAAUUUGGAAAUCAUGCAACUACAAAAGAACGAACAUUACUACCAAGUGUUGAAGAUCGUCAUUUCGUCAAUGAUAUUUGUAAUUCUGUUCAAAUACUAAAAGAAAUUUUGCUUCCGAUAAAUUCCAAAAUAAAACAAAUUAUUAGAAUUUUCCAGAAAUAUGAGCGUGAAUUAGUUGAUAUUCUCUGUAAAUUUGGACAUAAAUUUACUUUACGAAGGUCAACUAAAAUAUCUAAAAAUUACAUCAUUGAACAAAAACCCGGAAACGUCAUAAAAUUAAUAGAUGAGGCAAGAACCAAGAAAAAUAAAAGUAUUCUGAAAUCUUCAAAUUUCAGAGAAAUUGAAGAAUGGAUUAGUAAUAAACGUGUAAUUCCACAACGUUUUGAAAAAAAUCUUAAAUAUGCACGAGACUUAUCAAUUGAUGAAGAUUCACAAAAUCGACGUUCCAGAAUAAGUAAAAACGUCCUUUAUGAUAACUUUGAUAAUUUACAAUUUAGUGAAAGUGAAUGGAAUAAUUUAAUAAGUAUACGAUUUGUCCCGGCUUCAAAUAUCGAUAGACUAUACUCUGAAAUCAUACCCCCAAAACUUAAUAACGUUAAAUUUGAAUGUUUCAAAUCCCUGUGUUUGCCUAAAUAUAAAUCUAUUGCGUGGACUCAGGUGGCAUUUCUCGACGGGUCAGUGAUACCUAAUCAAAAUAGUUCUAUACUAAAAAAAGAAAAAUUUGGAACACCAAAUUCUGCGUGCGAAGACAAAGUUCAAGAACUUAGAGAAUGUGAUUUUGAUACAAAAGAGAGGAUAUUUUUAAACAUGGAUCAAAAUGAGAAUCCGUAUGAUACGCGCAAUUGGGUGACAGCGAGUGAAUUAAUCUUAAAUGUUAGUAGAAAAGAGGAUGGGUUUGUCAAAGCUAGUCUUUCAAAAUACGAAUCUUUGUUAAAAACGGCGGGGUCUGGAAAGUCACAAGAAAAUAUUUUGGGUAUUACAAAUUCUGAGAUUGAUAUUCUCAGAGAUGAAUCAAAUUCUGAUGAUUUUAGUAAUGAUAGUAACGAUGAUUAUUAUGAUAUCAAAAUCUUAAAGGAUAAACUUGAGGCAAAACUAAUGAAUUAUGUCAAAUUAAUAAAUGCUGAAGAAAUUCGUGAUUAUGCAGAUAAAUGUCAAGCAAAGAUUAUUCAAACAAACACUGACAUUGCCCUCACAAUUAAACUUGUCCAACUUACUCAAGUCCCAGGGUGA